AAUGGCUCCUUGAGAGAGGAAAAGUCCAGCCCUGGGCCACCGCCCUCCUCCCCUCCUUCCCCAGACAGGCCUCGGGGGCUCCUCCGUCCUGGGCCCCCUCUGCCCUUCUUCUCCUUCUCCUUCUCCCUCGGGGCUUGGGGCUGCUGCCAUGUGCGACCUCCAGCCGCCGCCCGCCGAGAAGAAGCUCAGCAAAAUGAAGAAGUUGCGCCGAACUUUGUCGGAGAGUUUCGGACGCUUGGCCUUGAAGAAAGAAGACAGUGGCUUUGAUGAGAUAUGUGUCACAAAGAUGUCUACACAGAACUGCCAAGGAAUGGAUUCUGUGAUCAAACCCUUGGACACAAUUCCAGAAGACAAAAAAGUCAGAGUUCAGAGGACACAAAGCACUUUUGAUCCAUUUGAGAAGCCAAAUAAUCAAGUGAAGAGGGUACAUUCAGAGAACAAUGCCUGCAUUAACUUCAAGACUUCGUCUACUGGGAAAGAAUCUCCUAAAAUCAGACGACAUUCCAGUCCUAGCUCUGUAAGUCCAGACAUGCCAUAUUUAUCUUUGCUAAAUUCGCCAACCAACUUCCAAAUAUUUUGGAUGUGUGAUGAAGAUAGCCCAUCAUUUCAGAUGCCAGUGAUUGUGUGUCAGUGCAAGAGUACUUAUGGGAGCAGAGCUAGUUUUAUGCCAUCUUGCAGCACUUUUGCUUGUUCAGAAAUCAACACAGAGAGGGUUGUGGAUGUAGGGCAAUCAUCUCUCUUGAAAGGUCUGAAACAUGCAAACAUUGUCCUGCUUCAUGAUAUCAUUCACACAAAAGAGACAUUGACACUGGUAUUUGAGUUUGUGCACACUGAUUUAUGUCAGUACAUGGACAAACAUCCUGGAGGACUUCAUCCAGACAAUGUGAAGUUAUUUUUAUUUCAAUUGCUGCGAGGACUUUCGUACAUCCACCAGCGUUUCAUUUUGCACAGGGACCUGAAACCCCAAAACCUUCUGAUCAGUGACACUGGGGAGUUGAAGCUGGCAGAUUUUGGACUUGCAAGAGCCAAAUCUGUCCCCAGUCAUACAUAUUCUAAUGAAGUGGUUACCUUGUGGUACAGACCUCCUGAUGUCCUCUUAGGCUCAACAGAGUAUUCCACUUGCCUUGAUAUGUGGGGAGUAGGUUGUAUCUUUGUGGAAAUGAUUCAAGGUGUUGCUGCUUUUCCAGGAAUGAAAGAUAUUCAAGAUCAACUUGAAAGAAUAUUUUUGGUGCUUGGUACCCCAAAUGAGGAGUCGUGGCCAGGAGUUCAUUCUCUGCCUCAUUUCAAGCCAGAUCGCUUUACACAGUACAGUGCUAAAAACCUUAGGCAAGCCUGGAACAAGUUAAGCUAUGUGAACCACGCAGAGGAUCUGGCCUCCAAAUUACUCCAGUGUUUCCCAAAGAACAGAUUGUCAGCACAGGCAGCUCUGAGCCAUGAGUAUUUCAGUGAUUUGCCCCCACGGCUAUGGGAGCUAACUGACACUUAA